AUGUCUACAGCAUCCGUCGAGGACUCGCUCUCUGGGCUGAUCGGACAGUGGCUCGAGUGGGACCAAGAUCCCAUCACACGAGCUGAAAUCGAAAAGCUUCGGGAUUCUUCUGCGGUGCCUGAGCUUGAACAGCGUCUCCGAAAACGCAUUCAAUUUGGAACUGCCGGCCUUCGUGGUCAGAUGGCUGCUGGCUUCUCUUGCAUGAACUCCCUGACGGUCAUCCAGGCUUCGCAGGGUUUGGCCAAAUACAUCCGAGAGAAGCAUUCCGGGAUCGCAUCGAACGGAGUUGUCAUCGGGCAUGAUGCUCGCUACAACUCUGCCAAGUUCGCUGCUUUGGCUGCGAAUGCCUUUGUAGCACAGAAAAUUCCAGUCUGGUUUUACUCGGAGCCCUCUGUCACUCCGUCAGUCCCAUUUGGUGUAAACCACUUGCACGCUGCAGCAGGUAUCAUGGUUACAGCAAGCCACAAUCCAGCCCAAGAUAAUGGCUACAAAGUAUACUUCAGCAAUGGCGCCCAAAUAAACACUCCAAUGGAUGUGGAAAUCGCUCAGUCCAUUGAAGAGAAUCUUGUCCCUUGGUCAGGCGCUUGGAAGGACUUGCAGGCAAAUGACUAUGUGCAUGUCGAUGCAUAUGAGAAGGUUUUGCCUCAGUAUACCAGUGCAGUUUGGAAAUAUGCGAAAUCCACUGUAUCGGAAUGGAGCCCACCUAAACCCUUUGUAUACACACCUUUGCACGGAGUCGGAGGUCUAGUCUUCCCAGAACUGUGUCGCUCAGUGGGAAUCAAUGAUUUUACAUCUGUCCCUGAGCAAGUUAAGCCAGAUCCAGAUUUCCCUACGGUGUCGUUUCCAAACCCCGAGGAAGCUGGAGCUCUAGAUCUUGCUAUGCGAACAGCAGAUAAGGAAGGCAAAAGCUUGAUUAUCGCCCAUGAUCCUGACGCAGAUCGCUUUGCGGCCGCAGAAAAGGUCGACGGCUCAUGGUUCACUUUCACUGGGAACCACAUUGGUGUUUUGCUUGCAUCUCAUCUCUUCGAUUCCUUUGAUACACAAAGCAGCAAAUAUCAGGCUGUCUUGAAAUCAACAGUGUCGAGCGGCAUGCUAGAGGAAAUGGCUGCAGCAAAAGGCAUCCACUUCGAAGAGGCACUGACUGGUUUCAAAUGGAUGGGCAAUAUCGCGCGGAAGCUUGAAGAGUCAAACCACCAUGUCCCCUUUGCAUUUGAAGAGGCUCUCGGCUACAUGUUUCCGACAGUGUGCUAUGACAAAGACGGGAUCACAGCCGCCCUUGUCUUCUUAUCAGCCGAAGCAAAGUGGAGGUCCCAAGGCCUCACCCCUUACACCAAGCUCCAGCAGCUUUUCAAGGAAUUCGGGCAUCAUGAAACACUGAACAACUAUUUCCGGUCCCCCGAUCCGGAACUCACAAAGAGUUUGUUCCGGGCAAUCAGAGACGGGCCAUACAGGACGGAGAAGACCCUAGGCGAAUUCAAAAUCCUAAGAUGGCGCGAUAUGACGGAAGGCUACGAUUCCGGAACAAAGGACAACAAACCAACCCUGCCGGUGGAUCAAGGCAGCCAAAUGCUAACACUGUGGCUGGACCGGGAUGUCCGGUUUACAUUCCGGGGCUCAGGAACAGAACCCAAAGUCAAACUCUAUAUUGAAAGCUGCGGUGCUUCUCGCGGGGAAGCAGUGGAUGCAGUCUGUAGCACCUUUAUGACUGUUUUGAAGGAAUGGGUUGAGCCUUUUGCUCCCUCGAUGACUUAUAGCAAACAACUCCCGACAUCAUCCGGACAUAUUUACAAGAUUGAAUGAUUGAUUGACCUACUGGGAUGGUGGUCUGGCCAAUCGGCUCGAAUGAAUUUCAUGCGGCAUAAAUCCCGGCUUUGAGUCGAAGCAAACAUCGCUCAAUGAGUAUUCUGUAUAGAUAAAGAUGAAGCAUUGCGGCUCAUCAUGUAGCAUCCUGGGCAUAUUGUUCAGGUUGAGCAAACUGCAUACAUCAAGGUCAUACAGCAGCUCAAGUCAUCUGGAAAUACCACCAUAUACUUGCAAGGAAGAAUAGACUAGAAUCGUCUAGGCAUUAUCAAACAUAUAUAAACAGCCGUAGUAGCCUUGGAAAUCCUAAUCGU